UGCCGUUUAACCUCAAAGAAGAAGUUAAGAGGCGGAACCCUGUUUGUUGGUCGAAAUUACACCACGGAGCAAUAUCAGUGUGACUCCACGAUGGCAGCUCCUUCGACAACACAUGUGCAGUUCUCUGGAGACGAUGCACUGCAUCAGUUUCAGGACAACGACGAGAGUGAUAUUGAAGAAGUGAGCAACGAUGAUGGAGAGAGUGAUGACGCAGAUAAUGAGGAAGAUGGUGAAGGAGGGAGUAAUGGGGAGGAGGCAGAGGAUGAAGAUGGAGGAGAGGAUGAAGAUGGAGGAGAGGAUGAAGAUGGAGGAGAGGAUGUAGAUGGAGGAGAGAAUGAAGAUGGAGGAGAGGAUGGUGAGGGAGAUGACGGCAAUGCCAAUGCUGGAUGGGCAGAGGCCAUGGCAAAGAUCUUGGGGAAGAAAAUCCCUGACAGCAAAAUCAGCAUCCUGGUUAAGAACAAAGAGCUGGACAAGAUGAAGGAGAAAGAAAAAGAGGAGCAGCUGGAGAGAAAGAAACAGGUUGACAAGAAGAGAGCGUGGGAGAUGAUGUGCAGGGAAAAACCUGACAUAGUAAAGGACCGUGAGACUGAAAAAGCUCUACAGAAAAUCGCUACCAGAGGGGUGGUGCAGCUCUUCAACGCCGUGAGGAAACACCAGAAAACAGUUGAUAGCAAGGUGAAGGAAUUUGGUGGCUCAGAAAGGAAGAAGGCCAAGUUUCUGUCAUCGGUCUCUAAGAAAGACUUCAUCGAUGUGCUGAGAAGGACAGGGGGAAGCAGCGGAGUCACUGGCAAGACGGAAAAGGAUGCUGCUGCUGUAGCCGAGGAGAAGCCUGCCUGGAGUGUUCUCACAGACGACUUUAUGAUGGGAGCCACCAUGAAAGACUGGGAUAAAGACAGUGACGGAGAGGAGGCUGAUGCCCCCGUAGGAGGCGGGGCGGAGGAAAGUGACUCAGACUAAUACCAUCCACCACCUGACACCAAGUCUGUGAUGCCUUGAGUGACAUUCUGAGGAACAGAACUGCUGACCUGCUGAGAACACACUCAGGAACAGGCUUCACAUGUCUGUGUCUGGAAACCAAUGCAUGGUCAACUAAUGCCGUGGCCCCACUCCUCAUCAGUGUGUUGACUGCACAGAAAGCAGAGAGAAAAGCUAGAAACGGCUUAAGUUCUUGUUCGGCAAGAAAACACUUUUAUACCAUCUGACAGUCUGAUAUUAGUUGCUGAAUAUAUGUGCAGAGAAGGUAUGGUAUGGUAAUGUACAACAUUCUAUAGCUUAAAGAUGUAAGAAGAACUAAUAUGUGAAAUUUGCCAUAAAGGGAACAUAAAGAUCUAUUUAACUUCCUCCGCUUUUCCACCAGCAUGGGAAUGGUUCCCUUCCAGUUUUUGCACCUAAUAUUGAACAAUUCAGAGAAACGGACUAAAAAACAGUUAUUUCUGAAACAAAUAUUUUUUUUCCAGCUGGAACCCCAAAAAUAGCAGCUUUUUCUGAACUACAGUGGGUGUGCCAUAUUUUAUGGUUGGAAAGAGUCCUGCAUGUGAUAUCCUUCUUAUAAAUAAUUCUGUAAGUCUCUCCCUGUGUGUGUAAUAACUGACAAAAGCUUGCAGGUAGUCAGGCCGUCAGGCUACUACUGUUUACGCCCUCCAUUAAUGAUACAUCUUUGAUUACAAUGGUCCCAUUAAAAUCUGGUUCGCUAGAUAUCACAAAGGUUCCAAGAAUCCUGAACAGAACUGUUUUUUUAAAGAACCAGAGCUUGUGGAGAAGGGGUUUGAGUGAAUUUGCAGGUCCGGAGCUACUGCUCUUAAUCAUAGAGUCAGCAUCAGUUUACUCCAUUUUUGUCUAUAUUGUACUUCAUUAUUGAACUUGGUGAAAAGGAAUGUUUUGUACAGCUUUGGUUGAAUAAACAACCAGUUAAUUUCUCCCUG